GGAGCCAGGAGCCGGGCGCGGGCGAGGAUGCGGGGCGCGGCGCGGGUGUGGGCGCUGCUGGGCGGGCACCUGCAGCCCACCCUCACCUACUGGAGCGUCUUCUUCAGCUUCGGGCUCUGCCUCGCCUUCCUGGGCCCCACGCUGCUGGACCUGCGCUGCCAGACGCACAGCUCGCUGCCGCAGCUCGCCUGGGUCUUCUUCUCGCAGCAGUUCUGCCUCCUGCUCGGCAGCUGCCUCGGCGGCCUCUUCAAGCGCACGUUGGCCCAGUCGCUGAUUGCCCUCUUUGCAUCCUCCCUUGCCAUCUCCGUGGUCUUUGCCAUCAUCCCCCUGUGCCACAAUGUGGUGCUGCUGGCUGUGGUCAUGGCUGUGGCAGGGCUUGCCAUGGGCUGUAUCGACACCAUCGCCAACAUGCAGCUGGUGAAGAUCUAUCAGAAGGACUCGGCCGUCUUCCUGCAGGCCCUUCACUUCUUCGUGGGCUUUGGAGCCCUGCUGAGCCCGCUGAUAGCCGACCCCUUCCUCUCAGAGUCCAACUGCAUCCAAUCCAACGCCACGCUCAACGCCACCAGCAACCUCCCCCACAUCCGCAAGUCCCUGGUCCCCCAUCACCCUGGGAACUUCUCGCACUACGACCUGCCCAUGGAUGGAGUGGCGGUGACGCGCGUGUCCUACGCCUUCUGGAUCAUGGCCCUGAUCAACCUGCCAGUCCCCAUCGCCGUCUUCUUCCUGCUGUACAAGGAGAGGCUGGUGCCUUGCCUCAAGAACAGCAGCCUCCCACUGCUCUCCGCAGACGAGCUGGCGAUGGAAACGCGCCCGGCUGCGAGGGACGCGCUUUCCGCUGGGUCACGGACAGCCCAGCCAGACGGAGGGCACAACGACUUAUUUAGCUGCUGCCAAAGCAAAAACUUCCGAGGGGCUUCUUAUUCCUACUUUGCCGUGCACAUCACAGGGGCCCUGGUCCUCUUCAUGACAGAUGGGAUCACGGGGGAAUACUCUGGGUUCAUAUACAGCUACGCCGUGGAGGAACCUCUUUCCGUGGGACAUAAGAUGGCCGGCUACCUGCCCAGCCUGUUCUGGGGAUUCAUCACGCUUGGCAGGCUCAUCUCCAUCCUGGUGUCCUACAGAAUGAAGCCCACAACCAUGGUCUUCAUAAACGUGGUCGGAGUGCUUGUAACUUUCCUCCUGCUCCUGAUUUUCUCCCACAGCGUUGCCUUCCUGUUUGUGGGGACAGCAUGCCUGGGCCUGUUCCUCAGCAGCACCUUCCCCAGCAUGCUGGCCUACACCGAGGACAUCCUGCAGUACAAAGGCUGUGCCACGACGGUGUUGGUGACUGGCGCUGGCAUCGGAGAGAUGACGCUACAGUUACUGGUGGGGUCGAUUAUCCAUGAGCAGGGCAGCUACAGUUUCCUGGUCUGUGGGAUGAUCUUUGGAGGUUUGGCCUUCACUUUCUACACUUUCCUCCUGUUUUUCCACAGGAUGCACCCCAAGCCCUCAUCAGAUGCAGAUGCCUCACCUGACAAGCCAACAGUGACAGACGACUCUGGACUUUAUCAGCAAUAAGGCAGCCCGGAUCUAGAUGAAGGUUUGUCUAUGUUAGCAAUAAACACCUGCAAACAAUUGAGCAUUAUUUAUAAGGAUGAUUUCACAUUGUGGCUAAAUUGCCCUUGUGUUCUGCAAUCAAAAAUCAAAGCCAACAGCCACCUUCCAAGACGAAGAACAGCAGGAUGUUGCUGAUGUCUCAGACUCGUGCAUUCAGGAAGAAUACAGAGCAGCAGACUGAAACCAGGCACCUAUCUUCUAGGAGGAUGACAGAACAAAUCUUGCAAGAUGGUUUCCCAGCUUCUGCCAAGAACAAGAUGGGGGUUCUGCAUCUGUCCCUAAUGCAUAUGUAGUUUGAGGUAUCCCCUUUGUUCAGUCACUAGAUUUCUUGGAUGCUGGAGAAUUUCUCUGUCUCCACAGUCCUGAUGACCAAACAGCAUCCUCUAAGUACUACAGACCACCUUCAGCAAAUUGCUGCACAGAGCAGCACAACCUUUAAAUGGCGAUUCCCUUUGGGAACACAGGCACGCACUCCUAGCAGGAUCUGGCGAUAUUUUUGCACAGUGGGUAGGUGUUGUAUAUUCCAUGGUACCAGCUCUGUUCACCAAGGCAGUCCUAAAAUCAACAGGCUGCAGCAGGCUGAGUAUUUAACUCAUUAACUACUGCAGCAGAUGAAAGAAUGAGUUACGAUGGUUUACUUUGCUCAAGUUCGCUGCUAUAGUGCAUCUGUCUGUAAGAACGCUGGAAUUGAAACUUCCAUCUGAAAUGGAAGCAGAGGGGAUCCAGCCUCCAGCUGUUUGAUCUGUGCAAUCCCUACUAGAGAAGGUGCCUUCCCUGAGGUACUGCAGAAACCCAGGAAUGCUGUUACAAGCAGGUGAUAGCCUUGAGGAAAGGACUUUGAUUGGGGGAGGAGUGUGAAGAGAUGCAUCUAACGUUAGUUCAACCGGACUCGUUUUUGCUCCCAACUGCUGUAUGAGGUUGUAUAUAUGUAAGUGUGUAUAUACAGCAAUGUUAAUUAAAGAAGUGAUAGAUUGCUAUAUUCUCAAUAGACUGAGCAUGACUGACCAAUAUGUCUUCUGGCCAAGCAGUAGUGGCUGUGUGUGAACUGCAGGUUCUCUCCGUUCCUCUGCAUCUCCGGUCUGAAUUGCUAAUUGUGGCAGGCUGCCAUGAGAAUGGUACCAGUGACUUCCAGGUUUCUCAAACUUCAGUACAUGCAACAAACCCACCAAGUCUGCACGAGUCCCUGGGCUCUAGAAUGAGCCUCUUGCCUUCCCAUGAGAGCACUGCUUCUUGUGAGCCUAGCUUGUGGGACUAAGGCUAAACCCAGUUAAGGUGAAUGGCUGUGAAAAGGGUUCCCCACAGGUGUCUUCCAGGAGGAACAGCUUUUACCCAAUGGUUUUGGCUGCUGUUUUUUUUCAGUUCAGGAAGGCAAUGUAAUUCCUUUGUGUUGCCGCAUGGUGCCACCCUCAUGCUACAUUUCUGCAUGGCAGGAGAGCAGAUCUUGGCAGCUGUCCAGCAUACACCUUCCUUUAUACCCAGCAGCUGAGACUAGGAAAAAAUGGAGCACUGCAAAGGCUCUGACAGGAGGAAAAUCCUCAUCCUAGCAGAGGGGCUCAGCGAGAAAUCCUUCCCCACUGCCAGAGCACAGGUGCUCACCACUCAUCUGCCUCCAGGGAGAGAAGUUAAGUAGCUUUCUCCACUGAUCCAAGCCAUGCCAUGCUCCUAUACAAUACAGGCUUAAGGCUCUUCUCAAGUGAGAAGAGAUAUUAGCUGUACCCAGGGCCGUGACAGCACAAGGCAGACAAUGGCUGCUACGGUUAGGUACUCCACAAUAAGCGCCACUCAGCCACGGUGGAAUAAGCUACCUUGCACUUAUCGCAAAGCAGCUGAUGCUUUAUAAGUAAAAUUACACCCAGGCUUUACCCGUGGUAACCUAUUUGCAUGUCCAAGCCCAGUGUCUUAGCCUGCUUCUGCCGCCGUGCAAAAACACUUACCACAAAGCAACAUGUCACCUUCCCUUCCCCAACCCUUGGCAAUGUAAAUCCACCACCUUAUCUUCAAAUUCUUAAGCACACUAUUUGCUGGCAAACCUCCUACCUGGAGGGAGACAGCUGGCAAAAGGACCGUGUAAUGCUACACACCUGGCAACAUCAGCUGGGUCUUCCCCUCUUGUGCAAGCCAUAGGGAAGCCAGCACCUCUGUGAACAGACAGGGUAGCUCUGGUGAGGAGCACUCUUGUGAUCAGGGUGUUAACUGUAUUGUCUCUGCUGCACUUGUAACUCUCAGUUUCCUCUACAGAAGAGAAGAGCAGCAAGAUCAGGAACUUUUGUUAAAAAUAUUUAUUUAAAAAAAUACAAUUGUUUUGCAUGUCUGGUUGCACAUCUCUCAACAUAUGACUGACUUGAAUAAAUUCGCUAUAAUGCUU